UUGCUUUCUUAUUAUAAUCUGAAAUUACUUAUAGAUUGAAAAUAGUAAGUUAAACAUAAUUCAAGCGUUUUUUUUUUAAAAAACAACAUGAUACGAUUAACGCAGUUUAAAAAUGUGUCAACAUUUUUAAGAAAAAAUAGUAUAAAAUACUAUGGAACUCAUUUAUCAUCAAUAAAUCCGGACGAUAAAUACGAUGUGAUUGUAAUUGGAGGUGGUCAUGCUGGAACCGAGGCAUGUUCGGCAGCCGCUCGUAUGGGUGCAAAAACAUUACUAUUGACGCAUAAAUUCAGUACGAUAGGUGAAAUGUCGUGCAAUCCAUCAUUUGGCGGUAUUGGAAAAGGGCAUUUAAUGCGUGAAAUUGACGCACUCGAUGGAGUUUGUGCGCGUUGCUGUGAUAUUUCUGGUGUUCAAUACAAAGUGCUGAACCGUAGCAAAGGUCCAGCGGUCUGGGGACCCAGAGCUCAAAUCGAUAGAGAUUUAUACAAAAAAGCGGUGCAAAAUGAACUUUUAAAUACACCAAAUUUGGACAUCUAUUGCUCAUCGGUUGAAGACCUACUGUUAAGUGAUCUCAAUGAUAGCGAUGAGGAUUCUUCCAAAACAGUCAAAAAAUGCAAUGGAAUUUUAUUGAAAGAUGGCACCAAAAUUAAUGCUAAAACUGUAAUCAUUACGACUGGCACAUUUUUAAGAGGUCAAAUUAAUAUCGGUUUAGACAUACGACCCGCUGGAAGAAUUGGCGACGAGCCCGCAAUCGGACUUGCUAAUAGUUUGGAAGCUUUAAAAUUUCGAAUGGGUCGCCUUAAAACUGGAACACCGCCCAGAAUAAAAAAAGAUACCAUUGAUUAUUCGAAUUUAAUUGUUCAAUCGGGAGACAACCCACCAGUUCCAUUUUCAUUUUUAAAUGAACGCGUUUGGAUUGAUGCCAAGGAUCAGCUAAACUGUUAUAUGACACAUACACCUCCAUCAAUAGGUGAACUAAUCAAAAACAAUCUUCAUGUCAACUACCAUGUCACACAGGAUGCAAAUGGGCCCCGGUAUUGUCCAUCGAUUGAAUCGAAGAUAUUGCGCUUUGGUCAUAAACCACAUCAAAUUUGGCUUGAACCCGAAGGUUUCGACAGUGAUUUGAUUUAUCCACAAGGUUUAUCAUGUACAUUACCUGAAGAUCUACAACAUAAAUUGGUUCGAUCGUUGCCUGGACUUGAAAAUGCAGUAAUGGCACGUCCAGGCUACGGUGUCACAUACGAUUUCGUGGAUCCAAGAGAAAUAUACGCAACUUUAGAAACAAAAAAAGUAAAGGGAUUAUUUUUAGCUGGUCAAAUCAAUGGGACAACAGGUUAUGAAGAAGCCGCAGGUCAAGGAAUUAUUGCUGGUGCCAAUGCAGCUGCUACUGUACAAAAUAAAGAACCAUUAACACUAAGUAGAACAGAAGCAUAUAUCGGUGUGUUGAUUGAUGAUUUAACACAACUAGGAACAAAUGAACCAUAUCGAAUGUUUACAAGUCGUGCCGAAUUUCGAUUAUUACUUCGGCCGGACAAUGCUGAUUUUCGACUUACUAAAAAAGGGUUUGAAAUGGGCCUGGUGUCUAAGAAGCGUUACGAGCACAUGUGCGAAACAAAAGAGCGCAUUAACAAAGCAAUUGGUAUUUUAAAAUCGAUCAAAAAAAAUACCUCCGAAUGGCGUGAACAAUUAGGUAAUGAAAAAACACGAGCGCAGGCAUAUAGAUCUGCAUACGAAAUGCUGACAUUUGCAACUGACGAUGUUGAAGUACAAAAGGUCGCAAAAUUACAUCCCGAGCAUUUAGAUUGGAUAAAAGAUGAUCGAUCAGUUUGUGAUCGUAUCAAGAUUGAAGCCAUGUACGAGCAUGCCAUUGGUUUACAAUCAAGAGCGAUCGAAGAAGUUCGUCAAGAUGAGGGCCUCAUCAUUCCCAGUGAUAUUGAUUAUUCGACUAAUGCGCUCAGCCUAUCAGUGGAGGAACGUGAGAAAUUAGCAAUGAUCGAACCACAAACAAUUGCGGCCGCAAGCAGAAUACAAGGAAUUACACCUAGUUCUAUUGUUCAACUAUUACGAUACGUCAAGAGACGAAAUCAACGCCAAGCAAUUAAUUGAUUGUAAACAUAGUUUUUAUAUAAUAAUGGUAGUAAUAAAAUAAAAAAUA